AUGACCCGCGCAAAGGCUGGGCCAUCAUCAAUACACACAACCGUUGCACUUCACCCGAAUGCGAUAACCAGCCGUCUCAAAGCAUGUUUAGAGGCUUUCUCAACCAAGUGGGCGAAAUCGUACAAUGAAGGUGAAAUAUGGGUGUCGCUCGACCUGACGCUGCAUGUCCAGGGGGAGCAUCUUCAUAUAGAUUUGAGUUUCAGCCUCUACUGGAAUGAGACAAAAUCCCCUUACAGUCGACUUCGUUCAACACCAGAGCGCCAUUUGAGCCAGUUGAUUCUUGACGUCUUUUUCCCUGAAGAUCCUGCUUUAAAUACCCCCGGGAGGGAGAGCUGGUCACCACUUGACUUUUACGAAGCAGCACACGUUCCCUCGCCGGACGAUCAUGGCGCUCUUAGAAUUGAGGUACCAGAACUGACUUCAUUUCUUUACCCCUAUCAGAAGAAAACUCUGAGCUGGCUUCUGAAGCGGGAGGGUGUCCGCUGGAAGGAUCCUGGCGAUGUUUCCCUUGCCUCUAUUGAGCAGGUUCCGGUUGCCGAAAACUGCGACACUGCACAUAGCUUUCGCAAGAUUCAAGAUGAUUUUGGAACUGGCGUAUCCUACUAUGUCAGUCAUCUGUAUCAUCUCGUUACCACUGACCUUUCCCCUUUUCAACAGGCGGAACAGUCUGUCAAAGGUGGCAUUCUUGCCGAGGAGAUGGGUCUCGGGAAGACUCUUGAAGUUAUCGGAUUGGUGGCGCUCCAUCGACGGCCUCUCAAUGAAAAUGGUACCUUUCUCAUUAGGGAUGGGGAGGAGCUGCUAGUGACUGGAGCCACUCUUAUUGUUACGCCCGACUCUCUGAGACAACAAUGGAUGUCAGAGAUUCAACGUCACGCACCUCAUCUGAAAGUGAGAUAUUACCCUGGCCGUAAGAACGCGAAGUUUGACACCGAGGAAGCCCUUCGUGCGGAUUUAGCUUCCCAAGAUGUUGUCAUCACAACCUACCCGAUCUUGUCAUCUGAGAUUCACUACGCCAUGAAACCUCCUGAAAGAUCCCGAAGGCAAGAGCGAAAGUACGAAAGACCCGAAUCACCACUUACCAAACUGAUGUGGUGGCGUGUUUGUCUUGACGAGGCUCAAAUGAUCGAAAGUGGAGUUACGGGUGCUGCAGCCGUCGCAAAGGUUUUGCCUCGUGUCAAUGCCUGGGGUGUUACUGGUACACCUGUGAAGAACGAUGUCAAGGAUCUUUUUGGCCUUCUUAACUUUUUGCGCUACGAGCCCUACGCUUCAUCUUCGCAAAUUUGGCGAGCCUUGACAGACUCCCACAAGCCCCUUUUUCGCUCGCUCUUCAGCAGUAUCUCUCUGCGGCACACGAAGCAGCUCGUUAGACACGAGAUAGCCGUGCCACCCCAGAAACGAUUCGUGAUCACCCUGCCGUUCACUGCUGUGGAGGAGCAGUAUUAUGGUGAACUGUUCAAGAAUAUGGCCCGAAGUUGCGCGAUGGACGCUACCGGUGCUCCGUUGAACAAUGAUUGGAGACUGGAGCAGUACGAAGCCGAGAUGCGGACCUGGCUCAACCGACUCAGACAAGCCGCACUUCAUCCCGAGAUUGUCCAGCGGCGAGGUAAUGGUCGGAAGGUUGGACCAAUGCGGACGGUUGACGAAGUACUGGAUGCAAUGCUCGAGCAAGGCGAAAAUGACAUCAGAACUGAGCAAAGGGCAUACUUGCAAGCCAGGCUUACUCGUGGUCAGAUCUUGGAAAACGGACCUAGGGUGAAAGAAGCUUUAGAAAUCUGGGAGAAGGUCAAAAUUGAUGCCUCACAUUUGGCCACAGAAUGUCGAGAAGAGCUGGAAGCUGCACUUAAAGAAGUGCAGGCAUCACGCCCAGUGACAUCUGGGCCACACCAGGAAUCACAGAACGAGGCCUCUUCCUCUGGUGACGGUGACCAGGACGAAGGAGAUGAUUUUUCAAACACUGGCCGCGUCGGUGAGGCACGAACAAGACUUCGUCAUGCGCUGGAAGUUCUACACAAGGCAACUUUCUUUUGUGCAAACGCUUUUUUCCAGAUCAAAUCAAACACUGAUCUCACUGAGCCCGAAUCGGAUGAGUUUAAGAGACUACAGCAACUGGAAGAUUCGGAAUAUGCAAAAGCUCAGGAGAUUAGACGAGAGGUUCUAUCUGAAAGUCACGGCAAAGCAAUGUCUUUGAUAAAAAAAUUGGAGAGACGAGCUCAAUCACAGGACUUCGUUGAGAUUCCUGAACUUGUCGCCAAUUCUACUAAAGGCUUGGAAAGCGCACCGACACUCGAAAUGCUUGAUGAUCUUUACGGCAUUCUCAAUGAACAAGCAAAUCUCAUUGAUGAAUGGAGAGAGGCAGUUAUACGGCUUCUAUCCCAAGCCCUCAUAGAUGAAGAAGUUGAAGUGGAAAAUACCGGAGAGGAGUUCACCGACUCAACCAAGGUCCAAGAAGAGAUCAUUGUCUAUGUACAAUCCUUGCGUGCCGCAAUUGCCGAUCGUCAAGAUGCAGUUUCAGGCCUUGAGAAUGCUUUGAUCAAGCAUGAGACGAGGGUCUCAUUGGCUGCCGCAGAAGAAGGUGAUGGCCCGGCACCAGAAAAGCUGAUAACUCUUCAUCGCCUUCGGAACGAGGUCAAACCAUCACAAGAUAAACAUGGCUCCCUUCGUCGUGUGAUUGCAGACCUUCGGGCCGUCGCCUCACGAUUGCAGGAUGGCGGUGGACGAGCGAGUGUUGAGCGUGAUAUCGUAAUCUCGCAUAUAAGAGAAACGCAGGCACAUAUUAACGCUCAGAUCAAGGCGUCAACGGCAUUAGAACGCGAAAUCGAUCGCUUCACCGGCGCAAUGAAUGCCAGAGUUGAGUAUUAUCGGCAAUUACAAGCAGUGUCCGACAGCGUUGCGCCCUAUGAGGGGCCGAAAACCCAGCAAGUCAUAGAUACUUGUACGGCAGCUGAGGUCCAAUACCGCAAGAAACUUGAUUCGGCGAAAGCAAAACACCGCUACUUGCUCAAUCUAAAGGAGACCGGGACAAAAUCAAAUGAGCCUCGGAUGUGCAUCAUCUGCCAGUCUGCCUUUACGAUUGGCGUUUUGACAGUUUGCGGCCACCAAUUCUGCAAAGAUUGUAUGAAACAGUGGUACCGCGCACAUCGAAAUUGCCCCAUGUGCAAGAGGCAAUUGCGACUUACUGAACUCCAUGAUAUCACACUGAAACCGAGGGAAAUUAAAUUACAUGAAGACACAGCAACAUCGGCAUCUCUUGAGGAAAACAAAAGUCGAGCUAUUAAGACUAAUGGUAUCUACUCACAGUUUAGCUCAGAGAAGGUGGCCCAGAUCAAUGAUGUAGAGCUAACAGGCUUGUCAUUUGGCACCAAAGUCGAUUCCAUCGUACGCCAUGUUCUUUGGCUAAGGGAAUCUGACCCUGGUGCCAAGUCCAUCAUUUUCACUCAGUAUAUGCACUGA